UUUCUCUCAUAAUAUCCCCCACAAUGCUUCUUUUUAUCCUCUCUUCUCUCCUCUUCCUGUUCUUUCUCAAAAUAUUUUCCAGUAAAAAUGCAACCAAAAGCUCACGCACGAAGCAUCUCCCACCGGGUCCCAAAAAGCUGCCAUUCAUUGGGAAUUUACACCAUUUCAUUGGCUCACUACCUCACCUUCGCUUGAGUGACCUGGCCAAAACAUAUGGACCCAUCUUCCAUCUCCAGCUCGGUGAGCUCUCGGUCGUGACGGUUUCUAAUCCUAAACUGGCGAACAAGUCCUCAAGACCCAUGAGCUCACCUUCGCACAACGCCCGACAUUCGUGUUCAUGGAGAUGGCCAUUUACCCGAACAUGAUCUUCUCGCCCUACGGCGAAUAUUGGAGGCAAAUGCGCAAGAUUUGCGUCACAGAGCUCCUGAGCGCACCCCGCGUCCGGUCUUUUAAAUCCAUUAGAGAAGAGGAGGCGCGUGGUUUGGUUGAUAACAUGCGGUCAUUGUCCUGUUCGCCAUUCAAUCUAAGCGAGAAAAUCUUCGCUUUCUCGAAUAGCAUAAUUUCCAAGGCGGCUGUCGGCAGAAGGUGCAAGCAACAAGAGGCAUUCAUCGCGUUGCUUAAAGAGUCGGUCGCGUUGACCGGUGGCUUUGGCGUGGCUGAGAUUUUUCCGUCGCUCAAAAUUCUAACCCGCCUGAGCAGGAUGAAAUCGAAACUAGAUAUGUUGGUGGGGAAGAUGGACAAGAUCUUCGAUAGCAUCAUCGAAGAACAUAAGAUGGAAAUAGAUCGAUCCUCGAGAAUUAACGAGGAUGAUGCGUUGGGCGGAGGAGAAGAUAUUCUUGAUGUGCUCUUGAGACUUGAGCAGUCCAAGGAGGUCGGGUUUCAUCCGACUGUCGAUGAUAUUAAAGGUCUCAUUCUGGAAUUAUUUGGGGCUGGGAGCUACAGUUCAUCGGCAACCGUGGAGUGGACGAUGUCAGAACUAAUCCGAAACCCGGAAGUGAUGGCCAAGGCACAGGCCGAGGUGAGACAAGCCCUAAAAGGAAAGCAUCAUGUAGAAGAAUCGGACCUCAAUGAGCUCAAGUACUUGAAAUCGAUCAUCAAAGAAACCCUGAGGCUCCACCCUCCGGCCCCUUUGAUUCCUAGGGAAGCGAUUGAAGAAGCCGAAAUCGAUGGGUACAGAGUACCUGUAAAUUCCCGGAUCAUCGUCAAUGCGCUGACGCUAGGAAGAGACCCCGAUUACUGGACCGACUCAGAGAAGUACGAGCCGGAGAGGUUCCUCGAGUCCUCGGUGGACUUCAAAGGGACGGACUUCCAAUUUCUUCCUUUUGGGUCCGGUAGGAGGUCGUGCCCUGGCACUGCAUUCGCCUAUGCGAACAUAGAGCUCCUGUUGGCGUCGUUUUUGUACCAUUUUGACUGGAAGCUGCCCAAUGGGAAGGCCCCAGAGGAGCUCGACAUGACGGAGACUUUCGGGAUGGUGGUCAAGAGAAAGAACGACUUGAAUGUGCGUCACUGCGAUGCUGCUGCUCUUGAUGCGAUUGUAAAUGAGGAUCUUGUGGAGGCCAAUGUUAUUGUGAAUGCAAUUGGAGAGGCCGGUGCCGUCGACGAACUCGUAGAUCAUGAAGAUGCUAUCACCAAAGAUGAUGUCCUUGAAGAGGCGCACGUUGAUCUUGCGCCUGAACUUAUUUUGGAAGAUGAUGACGUCCUCGCCAUGGAAGGAGCAACUCCAGGGGGAGGAGCAGCAGGGCUUGGCAAUGAAGUUCUUGGUGGCGAGCAAAGUUUGGAAAAAUUGCAAAUGAUGGAAUUGUUCGAGAAGGAGGGGCGAAAGUUGGAGAAGAAGGUGUUGUUAGAGAGGGUAUUGAUAUUGCUAGUAUGA